GCAUUAGGGUUAAUCAUUUUAUUCUCUCUCACUCCCUAUCUUUGGUCGAUGAUCAUGGCCCUUCUGAUAUGGAAGAAGUCAGUUCCAGUAGUUCCCCUCCGAGGAUUAUGGCGGAUUAGUCAGUCAAGAGAUUACUCCAUAUCAAAGGAUGACAUGAAGGCUCUUUUUGAGGAAUGGGCUAAUCGCUGUGACAAAGUCUACAAAACCGUUGAAGAGAAGGAGCUCAGGUUUUGGUUUUUUAAACAAUCUUUCGAGAGGGUAAAAAAACACAACAUCACCGGUGAUAGUUCCUUUAAGCUAGGACUCGUUGAAUGCUCCGAUUGGACCCCUGAUGAGCGUGAGGCUUGCAAGCGGCCUUUCCGAAGACAACGCCCUAAGCCAACAACAAGGUUUGGAGGGAGGCUUUCGACCACUUAUGCAAAUGCUAAAGGCCUUGCGUGAUCGUUUGGCAUGGAUAGGCCUCACACUUGGUGGUUGGAGUGUUUGAAUGGUUUUAUUUGAUUAUGGGUUGUUAUUUUGGUUAGACAACUUUUUUUUAAGUUUAUUUACUACUGUUAGACUUUCGUUGUGGUUUAUGUUUGAACUAUGGUC